AUGGGCAACGAAGAGUCGACCGUUGUGGACGAGUCCAUUCGUCCCUCGGUGCUGGAAGCACGCAGCAUCGAGGCUGUGGCCAAGUACAUCCAGGAGCACAAGGUGCGGCGCAUCGUGGUAAUGGUGGGUGCGGGCAUCAGCACUUCGGCCGGCAUCCCGGACUUCCGCUCGCCAGAUACCGGCAUCUACGCCAAUCUUGACUUUCUGGACCUACCGGACCCCGAGGCCGUAUUCGACAUCAGCUUCUUUCGCGACAACCCAAAACCCUUCUACGCGCUGGCCAAAGAGCUAUACCCGGGCCGUUAUCGCCCGACAAUUGCACACUCGUUCAUUAGGCUGCUCUUCACCAAGGGCCGGUUGCUGAAACUCUUUACCCAGAACAUCGACUGUCUCGAGCGCCAGGCCGGUGUGCCGGGGGAGAUGAUUGUUGAGGCGCAUGGCAGCUUUGCCACCCAGCGCUGCAUCGACUGCAAGACCCUGUACCCGGACGACAAGAUGCAGGCGGUGAUCGAUCAGGGCGAGGUGCCCUACUGUCCCGAGUGUGGUGGAAUUGUCAAGCCAGAUAUUGUCUUCUUUGGGGAGAGUUUGCCCGAAUCAUUUUUCCUGAAUAACCGACUGCCCGCUGCGGCCGACCUCUGUAUUGUCAUGGGGACCAGUUUGUCCGUGCAGCCGUUUGCCAGCCUGCCCUCGAUGUGCUCUCAGGGCAUUCCGCGCGUGCUGAUUAACAUGGAGCGUGUUGGCGGCUUGGGGUCUCGACCGGACGAUGUCUUGCUAUUGGGGGAUUGUGACGCGGGCGUGCGCAGGUUCGCUCGGGCGCUGGGGUGGGAGGAGGAGCUGGAGGCGCUCUGGGAGGAGACCAAUCCGGACCCCAAGGCCCGGGAGGAAGAAGACAAGCCGCCGCGGACCCGGGACGAACGUCUGCAGGAUGAGGUUGAUCGCCUGACGGAGGAAGUUGACAAAACGUUGGGGCUGACGGAUGCGUACCGGCAGCGGGUGCGCGCGCGACUCGACCAGAAGAUUAAUCCACACCGCCAGUUAGAGCAGGAACGAGUCGGACCGGGUCUCGCCCAUGUGUUCCCGCAUCUGGCGCGGGAGGAGUGA